GGUGGUAGCACUGCUGGCGAGCUGACGUCAUUGUUGAGUUCCGAAAUUGAAAUCAAUAAGCGCAAUGUGCAAUGUUGUGUGUACGUCGCGGACGGUGGGGAAUGGCGAUUAUGUCAAAACACCGCGCUAGGUCCCAUCGCGUUUGACUCGGGGAAUCGACGCCGGCGGUCCACCUGGCGAGAUGGCUCGCAGCGGCAGGAAGAAACUCGCGAUAUUCGUGGGUACAUCGAAGUGUCUCGUUUACGCAGAAGCAAAGUACUGUGCCUCUGACAUGCCUGGAGAGAUAAAAUACUACGAAUGUUCGAGAACGGAGUAUUGUUGCGCUUUCGGUUGUUGCGUGUCGCCCGGAUUUAAUUUCCAUCAGUUGUGGUACUAUUGGAUCCUGGUCAUAAUCAUGUUCCUGCUCUGUUCCGGCGGUGGUUGGUGGUAUAGAUACUGGUUGCAGGGCAGAUACAGAGCAGCAGCCUCGGCCAUUCCGACUCGGUCUUCUAACAGCAGAUCGCAAAAUUCUCUUCGCAACGCGCCCUGCCAAGCGCAGCAGGCUCGCAUCACGUACAAUUCAGCGAGAAAUACCGUCCUACUGCACCGCAUGUGGAAAGGUCCUCAGAGAAGUACAGCGGCGCCGGCGUACAACAGUAACGCGACCACAUCGACCCACUAUCAGAACAUGAACGUCGUACUAAACGACGCCAAUUGCCCUUACUAUCAAUUAUACGGUCCUCCGCCUAGCUACGAGACGGUGAUAGCGCAAACGCGCGGCAAGCCGUCGAACCCGGCGUCGCCGGAGUCCUCUUCCGCGCGGCUGAAUCUGCAGACGGCGAACGUGAUACCGAAUCCGAGUGUGCCGCAGUGCUUCUUCUACAACUGCAACUCCCCGGCGAGACUGCUGGAUGGUAACGCGAGUCAAUGUCAGAGUGACAGCGCGAGCGCCCACCAGCUCGACGGCCACGAGAGUGUUCCGUUCGCGCAUUUCUCCCAGUACUGCACCGCGGACGGCGCGGUUGGUCAGAACGUGUGCGUCCCUUUAGAGUAUCCAGAGAAUUCGGUCCUGUCUGGAGGAGGGAGUUUCAGUUGCAGUUACCAGAAUAGCCCGCACCGAUUGCCGGGAUAUCCAACGGACAGAUCGUCCGACACGUCGGACGCGGAGAACGUGGCUCGUGGCUACGAAAUCGUCCCGGGCGCGGAAGAACGCGCGAUGCUCAACGUCGACGCUGCGAUCGGCAGCUAUGGAGAGUGUAGUCCUUGGCAUGGAAACGAUCAGUCUCCAUUGCGAGUCCACGGCCAGAUCGCCGUGCAGGAUGGAAAUCGAGCGUCUCAGAGGAGAUGCGCGACGACCACGGAUACGCGUACUCUCUCGCCUAAGUCGGAGAGAAACGCGGGCAAGAACGAGCCGAGACGUGCGUUCAACGUGGCUCCCGCGUCGCGGAGAAACUUCCCGAGAGAACGUACGGAUUACGGCGGUUCCUUGCGAUUGCCGCGUAGACACACUGGAGGUGUCAUUUACCAAGGCGGCGGCUUCCAAAAGGUUCUCCCCGGAGAUUCGCCGAGCGCUUCCCAACGGAGCACUUUCGAUUCCGCCCAGGCAGCAGCGUCCGAGGUGGCGAAUUCUCUGGAACGUGAUGCGAAUUCUUCUCAAUCAAAUCCAUCCAAUAAUGUGAUAUUAGAAUCCUUUAUUUUUGAAAAUGUGCAAUCACCUCCGAGUGAAAAUGUCGAGGAGGCCCGCGGUCCUCCUUGUGCGAUGAAUCGGAGCGUAAACUUUGAUCUUGAAAGUAAACACAAAUUAGACAGAUCAAAGUCGCUAGACUGAACGUAUGUAAAUCGAAAUUCUUAUCAUUGCGCGUAUAACGCGAUGUUUAUUCUUGUAUGUCUCUAUUAUUCGCGCAUGUAUAGCAAUACAAACCUAAUCGCUCGUUAUCAAGAUACAACAGAAGAAUCUUUAACGGAGUUUCCAACCGUCGUAGUCAAAUAAUACGAUUCUAUUUUAUCAGAAGUAGUGCGAUAUUAUUUUUAUUGUCACGUACGUGCGGUAUAUUUUACGCUGUCAUCAUUUCUUUAAUCGUCAUUAUUUAAUCGUCUAACUUGACGCCUGGGAUCAUUGUGGAAGAUGUGUACAUAUCGUUCGUUAUCUCACACAAGAUUAGCGAAUCUAAUGUUAGACGUUAGACUAAAGUCGCACUUCCGCAAUAUGUUUUUCAAAUAAUACCGCAAUUCCGAAGCUAAACUAUUUUGAUUACCUAUUGAGAUGCUAAAUAUCAUCUCUAAGUGUGAUAGGCGAUAGUUCCAUUUACAUACGUCGGCGAAACGUCUUAUUUCUGAUACCUACGACACAUACUGCCAUGUGAAGGAUCUUUCUGAAUGUCGUGUAUCGGACAUGAUUUUUUUCUGCACUAUACUUAACGUAAUAUACAGGGUGUACCGCAACUCGUGACCGAAAUUUUAAUAG